CAAAGUGAUGGCCACAACUGCGGACCACUCAUCUUAAAGUUUGCAGAAAUGUAUUUGCAGCACAAAGACUUCAGUGCGGUAGAAACAACCCAAGGGGCUACUACUGCAUUUAGAAGACAUAUAGCAAUUCUUCUAAUGAAGGAGUCAGAAAGCGUGGAGGACUACUGCAUAUACUGCAACUGUAUCAACUGUGAAAAAGAAAAUGAGGAUUGCACGAUGGUCCAGUGUGAUUCUUGCAAGAGGUGGGCACAUAUACCCUGCAUUGCAGAAGGAACCAAUCAAGAAAACCUGAAAGAUGAGAAGAAAGAGUACAACUGCAAGAAAUGUGCAUAGUUCACUUCAUUACCCCCCAAAAAACCCCAAUAGAGAAACCCCUAGUUUA